AUGACCUCAGAAACACUAUUCAAGAACGGCGUCGUUAUCGUCCAUGCGGCUGACAAUACCGCACAUGGCGUCAAGUCGGAUCUCCUUAUCAAAGGCGACAGGAUAGUCCAAAUAGCGCCUGACAUCAACCCAUCUGAAGAUGUGGAAGUGGUUGACUGUACGGACAAGAUCAUUGCACCAGGUUUCAUCGACACACAUCGCCAUAUGUGGAACACUGCUUUGAGGGGGAUGCAUGGGAAUGACACCCUCACAGAUUACCUGGUGAAAGGGAUCCUCCAGGGCGGCUCCUUUGGGCCACGAGACGUCUUCUGGGGCCAACUUGCGAGCUCGAUGGAGUGCAUAAAUUCUGGCACAACGACGGUCGUCGACCAUUCACACAUGAAUUACAGCGAAGAACAUCCAAAGGCCGCGAUCGCCGCCACAGCCACGUCUGGCAUUCGGUCCAUCUAUGGAUAUUGCUAUAAUGUCCGUGUUGAUUCCUGGUCCCCAUUUUCCUUGAACCAGGCUAUCAUCGCUCCGUCUGCGAACGACUCCCUCAAGGCCCUGGCCGCCGCCGCACCUUUUGGAAAUGGCCGGGUGACUUUGGGCAUCGCCUUUGACCUGUGGUUCUUGCCUCAAGAAAUGCUUCAACCCAUGUUUGAAGGUAUCAAGAACAUGGGGAUCAAGCACUUUACCACACACAACAGUGCCUCUCCCCCUGGGACGAAAUCCAACAUCGAAAUCAUGCACGAAUGCGGAGUCUUGUCGCCAGCGUCACACGUUAUCCUUUCCCACGCCAAUUACAUAUCCGCGAGCGACAGCAAACUCGUCAAAGCCAAUGGCGCAUUCCUCUCAUCAACUCCGUCACUAGAACUUCAAGCGGGAAUGGGAACACCGGCCUGCUUCGAUGCAGAUCGAGACGUCCAGUCUUGCUCGGCACUCGGCGUCGAUUGCCACAACGUCGCGCUCGCGAGCAUUGUCAGCGAGAUGCGAUGCGCCCUCCUCCACAGCCGGGCCGUGCACAACGACAAAUUCAUCGCGGCGGGCAAGAUGCCCGCGAAGCUGAACCACACGGUCCAGGAAGCCUAUGCGCUAGGCACGAUUCAGGGUGCCAGGGGAGUGGGUCUGGACAAGGAUAUCGGGAGUCUCGAGGUUGGUAAGAAAGCCGACAUCAUUGUGUUCGAUGCUCUGAGUCCGUCCAUGAUUUGCGGAGCCCAAUUGGAUCCCAUCACCGCGAUCGUCAUGCAUUCCACACCAGGAGACAUUCUGAUGACCUUCGUUGAUGGGAUUCUGCGAAAGAGGGAUGGCAAGGUCCUGCCAGUUCAGGUUACAGCCGAGGACGGCAGAUUCGCCGGUCUGGAAGCGUCAACGCUCGCCUGGUCGGACGUGAGCAAGAAUCUGUUACAGUCUCAGAUCACAGUGCAGGACAAGAUUGGCAAGCUCGAUCUUGAGGCAGCCAAGACUGAUGCUUGUGCCACCUUUGGUUUUGACCCUUCAUUGAUCGUGGCAAGCUUAUAG